CUUGGUGAUACAUCCAAUCUAUCAGAUUUCACCUAAUAACUAAGAUGAAUAUUCUGAUUGUAAUCCCCAACAUUUUUUAGAAGUGAAAUUUUCCCCGUUGUCGUAACAUUGAAUAUUAAAAUUCCCACUUCAAACAGGCGUGACGGCUUUACCAUAAUCGCACCCAUUUGGAAAUGUAAACGCCAGUAAUUGGCCGAGAUAUUACCAAACCUCAAGACGCCAGAUUGAUCGUUGGAGCGCUCGACGCGGUAAAAACAAGACAAAUAGGGGAUAUUUUCGGCAUGAACGAAAAAACAAGCGGGUGUUUUGGUCAAGACAAUAAUCGGCGGGUAAAUAAAAAGAGCAGGACCGCUUUCUGGUAACAAACUCUCUCCCCUGUUCCCUGAAACUAGAGAGAGAGAAGUAGAGAGAGAGAGUGAAGUGAGAGAGAAUGAGGAAGAGGAUGAAGCUUAUUGAAAUGAGAGAAGAGAUGAGUGGGAAUGAGAUUGUUAAAGGAGGAAUAGAGAAGAAUAAGAAGAAGAGUAAGAAGGGGAAAAACAAGGGUGUGAGCAUAGAAGACUACGCUGCUUUCCGUUCCGAUGCCUGGGCAAACCCUCUCACUGCUUAUCAACUUUGCAAGGUAAUCAAGAUGCACGGUUUUAGCACUGACAAAAUGCGCAAGAAGGAUGCUGUGCUCGCUGCGAUCGCGGCCAUCGAUCUGAUGCCUCUAAGGCGAUCCACGCUCCAACACGGCGCAUCACCCUCCGAUCUCACCGAGAAGGAGGUGGAGGCUGAUGUGGCGGCACUUAAUUGGAGGGAGUGCUCCAUUAAGUCAGUUGUAACGAUUAGGCAGCCGUUGGAUGCUCCACGUGUCAAUCAUCACGGGCUCAUGGUAGGCCCCAGUUGUGACACGUCGCUGGUGGCCACCAAUUUCUCCCAGUCUAAGUGAGCGCUUUUUUGGUAUUGGCGGGACCGACGAUCUUUCAACGGGCGGUCCUGAUUUCUGUUUCGUUUUUUUGCACCAAGGGUUGUGAUUUGUACUGUGCGGCUUUGAUGUUUUCUUUCUUGUACACGUUAUUCGCACGCCAGACUAUGGAGGCACAUGUUUUCUUUGUUCUUUUGUGCAUAGCAUAUAGAGAGGGUUAAGAAUAGGAGUAAUGCAUGUUUGGAGAAAUUUACCAAAAUUACUUUGAGAGAUGAACAAUUCAAUAUUUUACUCAUAUUUUUUUAUUCAAUUUGAAUAUACCUAUAGAAAACGCAUGAUUUUAAUAUAGGGUUUUAUAAUAGUUACAAAGUGAUAAAAUAUGAAAUACUUCGUUUAUAUUGGGUAUUUUGAUAAUUUGUCCUCCUUAUUUUAUCCUGGUAUGGGGAAAUGAGCAAUGUGUUUCUGUGGCUCCAAUGUACGUGGAUUCAUACUCUAGAACCUUGAGAUAGAUUCUGGGUAGGCCCACUCCAUGGAUGAGCUGAAGCAUGCAAAAGCAUUUUCGGCUGAGUCCCGCUUGGAACUAACAGAGUUAUUUGGAUAUGGCUCCUUGGUGAAGAA